CCCUACAUGUGCGUGUCCUCCCCACACAAUCGUUGUUCUCUCACUGCAACGACCAGCGCACAUGCCAGCUCACGCCGCCGCUGUGGUUGUUGCCGUCGUCGCCGGUGUAGCAGCGCUAGCUGCUUUCCAUCAUUUUGUCUACGAACCUCACAUCGCACCUACUCUCGAAGCAUGGGCGGAAGAUUUCGUCGCCCGCAGACGCGCUGCACGAGGCGCUGUUCCCAUUCCUACUCCUACCCGACGGCGACGACGACGACGACAGCACUCACCCUCGUCCUCGUCGUCACCGAACUCCCGCAAUUCAUCUCCUGCUACAUCAGGCGCUCACGGGUCACCCCGGGUCGACCCAUCUGCCACCCGUACUCGUAGAGCUACCCGUAGGACUACUAGAACUCGUGGCAGAACCGGUCGAAGUUUCGACGAUGCUGAAUCUUACGAGCUAGAAGGUCUCAUUGCUAACGAUGUAGAGGAGUGGAGGAACGAGGUUAGGCGCAGUCAGGGCGAGGCUGGGUUACGCCGUCGUCGUGGAUUCGGGCUUGGUGGACGAAUGAACAAUCCUAGCGAUCAUGACUUCGAUCAUAUGAGCACGACACUCGACGAGUCAUUCACGGAACUUACGCAUACACCCAUCGCCCCCACACACGUUAUCUCCAAUGUAUCCUCACCUAUCUCUUCCGAUACGUUGUCCCUUCCAUCAGUCCCGCACUCUCCAGCACCCGCCAACCUGAGCAUCAGAAACAGGUCAGGCUCAACUACGACCAUCACCGCUACUGCCAUACAGGGACAAGAGCUCCACGCCUCCCAACGGACCGAGACCUUGGCGACAUCUUUGUCUCCUUCUGUUGUUGUGUUGCCAAAGUCGCCUGAUGAAACCACCGAACCCGAUACAGACACUCUCCCACCGUCGUCACUCACCUCUCCGCGUCUGAUCACGAUCCCUCCAAUCGCCACCCCUCCGAGUGCUUUCGGUUCGCCACCUGUACUGCGAUCAUGCCCAGGUUACACCACCGUAGAACGAGACGAUGAUUCUCCAUUUGGACCACUUCUUCCUGAUACGCCUCGAUCAAGCCCAGCUCUGUACGCUGGCAGGCCCUUCUCCCCGAUUGUUAGAUUGCCGGGGUCUGCGUCGUCGCCCACGGCGCCAGGCAUUGAGAUCGCCAACGCUCCCCCAUUUUCAAGGGGUUCUUCUUUUGGACGGAGGGGAAGCGCACUUGUACAUGAAAUUUCCCGUGCAGAAGAAAAUGGUACCACAGCCAACAUUGAAAGUCCUUUAUCCAACAAUAAUGCCCAACCCGGCCGCGGCAGCACGCCCGUCCACAGUCCCAUCCGUAGUCCACGCCAUAACUCAAGCCCAGGACGCCAAGCCCCCAACACGGUAGUACAACCAUUGGACCCCGACUAUACUGAUCCUAACAGUAGCGUCGCCUCUCUGUCCCUACGGUACCCUGUACCACCGACGUCGCCAGUGAUGGUAUCCCCACCCCCGUCGGAGGGUGUAAGGUCAUGGUCCAGUCCGUCUUCUCCUCGGAGUUCGAUGUCCCCGCCCACCUCAGAGGAGCUGAGGUCGCUAUCGAGUUUGUCGUCGAAGGGAUCGGUGUCGCCUGAAUGGGCAUCCUCACCUGUGUUUGCGUCGCCUGAGCUGGUACUAUCCUCUGGGUCAACUUCGCCAGUGUUGGUGCCCUCGUCGCCUGUGGCGAUUCCGUCAUCUUCCCUACCCGGGUCGGCGUCGGUUGUAGCAGGAUUAAGCUCGUCCGCAUCAACUUUACGUGUCCCAAAACCCUCGACGGCCGAACCAAGAUCAGGGUUGGAAGGGUCUUCACCCAUACCAUCCUCGCCCACGACCUCGUUUGCAUCGUUUGCGUCGUUUGCCACGCCCGCAUCUGUCGUGCGCACUGUCUCUGCGGUUUCGGACGACAGAGAUAUAGAUUUCUUGUCUGCGGCAGACAGUGAUGGUGAAGAUGAUGACGAGGGGAGGAUGAAGAAUACGACUUCACGUGUUCCCCUCCCUGACAGGGCUUACAACCCAUUCUUGGACCACGAAGAAGUCUUUGAGGUCGGAAGCGAUGGAUCGGACGGCGAUGAUCAUCGAAGUGAUGAGAGUGGUUCGGAUGGGUCGUGGGGCUCACAUGGGAGUGCUGAGUUGCACUGAGCACAGCGCCCUCCGUCCGUCUCGAUUGUAAAAUUGGUUUGUCAUUGGAGGGAACUUGGAUGGCAUUGUGGAUUAUGUAAACUCUGUUUCCGUUUGGAUGUUUUUUUUGGUGACGGUGUACGAUGAAGGUGAGAUCUAUUGGAAUGUUGGGCGUAUAUACACGUAGUUCUGCUGCUACAAACCGUUGGGUGUGUCCAAGUACUUCAAGUGCUUGAUAUGUAUAGUGUCGGAACCAAAUCAGGGAAGGGUUUGGGGAGGUAUGUACAAACAUUAGCAAAUACGUGCUAAAGGCGUUACGGAGAUUACGACAUGUAGUGUAGA